AUGUCACACUCCUUUGGCUCCGGCUCAUCGCUGGUGAUCACCCCUCGAGAGGGUAAUAACCUGACUCCAAGUACUACCGCAGGGAAGACCCAGACGGUGUUUAUCCACAAGCUUUACGAUAUGCUUUCAGAUCCAGAUUUGAGCCAUUUAAUUUGGUGGGCUCCUUCGAACGAAUCAUUCUACCUUUUACCAACAGAAGAAUUCUCCAAAGUGUUGGCGUUGUACUUUAAACACACCAACAUUGCCUCUUUCAUACGACAGCUCAACAUGUAUGGGUUCCACAAGGUGAAUGAUGCAUUUCAGAACGACGAUACUUCAACCGACUCCAAUUCCAACUCAACCAACACCACUCACAACCUGCCACAAGAAUCCUCCAGAUGGGAGUUUAAGCACUCUGCUGGCCAUUUCCGCAAGGGAGACGUCGACUCGUUGCGUCUCAUCAAACGUAGAUCACUGAGAAAUGUCAACUCUCCUAAAGAAGUCGUCAACAUUAAAUCCAUUCCUACCUCGGUUCCAGCCUCCAUAACCCAAGACCGAGACCACGACGAUUUUCCACAGCUGCCCUCGACUCCGCUGGCUCUGAAACAGCUCCCACAAGUAGUAGAAAGUGCUAGAACUACAACUGGUGGCCCCACAUUGGCUCCGCCAGCUCCACACACCCAAGCUCAACCGCAAGGCUCGGCGUCAGCCAAUAUGGUGGUAGAGCUUAACAACAACCUCAAUAGCUUGAGAUCGGACUGCUUUGCUCUCGCGGCACGUGUAGACGCCGUGGUGACCGAUUCCCGUGAGUCGCACAUGGAAAUGCUUCAAGUUGUAGAAUUGUUGCAGAGACUUGUAUCGACCCAAGAUUUCUUGGUGAAGGAAAAACUGGCGGAAAAAACAGAUAAAAAGGUGGUUUCGCCCGUUACAUCUCCAGAAGCAGCUACCGCAGCAGCCACCGCCGCGGCAUUGGCAGAUCUUCGUACCAGACUCCAUAACCGUCUUCAACAGCCACUUUUACAACCUAUGGCUCCAGCAGCUCCCCAGUCGCGAAACUCAUCCAACCCAAAUAUCGUUCCUCAACAGUACCCACUCAACCCAUACUUUUCCAUCUACUCUCAAGACAGAGUCUUCCGUUUCAACAGCGCCACCGAGCAGCCACACGAACGUAACAUGAGCUUCAUGGACCCAUUGCAACGUCCGCAAGAGCUCGAUCCAAGGCUAAGAGUCGAGUCCAAAAGCAAUAGUCCAUUAUCAGCCUCGGGACCUCCAGCCGUCCACACCACCCUGCCGUCUUCCUCCCGCUUACCGCAGCCAAAACAGCAAAUCAUAGCAUCAAGUCCUCAACCUCUGCAUGGAAUGUCAUCUGGAAGAACGUCGCUUCUGGAAAGAAUCGACCGGAACCGCUCUGUCUCCCCCGCUCAAGUGCCCAAGAAUUACCAACAAUAUCCAUUUCCUAUCAUGACCCCAAACCCCUCCGCCCAUCUUCCCGUGAGAAGAACCUCAUCCAUGCCCACUAUAGACCCUCCGACACCAGAUGUUCAUACCAGCUAUUUUCCACGCCGAUCAUUGACAGACUCUGGUGUCGUUUCCGAUGAUCCUCCACGCUCAUUACCCACAUAUUCCCAAACUCUGCUUCCCACAGUCAGCACUGCCAACACUACACCGUCAGAGCUUCCACAACACCACCACAAUAAUCCACAACAAAAAUCACUCUUGCUACCUUCGGUUUCCGAGCUCGACAAGUCACUCAAAUCGGGUGGCUCGUACCUGUUAAUGAACCUUCUAGCUUCCCCGAGCUACAACAACAAGCGGAGGGUUGGCGAUGACCAUGAAGGAGCCGAUAAGCGGUUCCGUCCUUAA